UCACCUGCGUACCCGUUCGCAACUUCGCAUUGCCGCCACCGCCACAUCUCCGUUGAGAGGAAAGGAAGGGAAAGCGUUAAAGCUUAGCGUUAGCGGCAUCUCUUCUCACGAUUCUUCCUUCUGGCGAGUUUAAUCGAAGAAAUCCUCAACGGAUUAGCUCAAGAAGUUGUCAAGUAUUGUACUAUUGUAAGCAGCAGCGGAUCGGGUGGGAAUUUUAGCUGAUUAGCUCCACAAAUUGCGAGGGAUCUGAGUUGAUUGGAAAAAGAUGCAUCCUCCUCUGACAUUACAUCGGCACCCAAUGUGUGCAGAAAUCAUCGAGCAGUUUCAGAAAUGUCAUCUGGACCAUCCCGUUGGGAAAUUCUUUGGCGAAUGCACUGAUCUGAAGAUAAAGCUUGACCGCUGCUUUAGGCAGGAAAAAGCUGUGAAGCGGAAGUCAAACUUCGAGGAGAGUAAAAAGUUGAAGGAGAGGCUGCGGGCAUACAGGAAGGAAACUGCCGAGGGGAGCCAAGAAGGCACAUUUGCACAAGCUUAAUCUUGAAAUUUCAUUCACAUUAAUUGAUGCUAUUAAUUAUUUGUCUGGGAACAUUAGUUAGUAUUGUUGAGGACAAAUUUUCUGUUUGCCAUAGCAUCAAGUUUUUGAGAACAAAAAGUUGAAAUAAUUUUACUUCAGGAAAUCCUGUUAUAGAAAUGUUGUCUAUAAAUUGUAAAUUUAUUUUGUAGAUCCAACUUUUAUAUGGAUUAAUCAAAGCGCAAAAUUAAGUA